CCAGAUUCAACGAGCCAGGCCCACCACCUCAAGUCCCCCAAUCCCCCAAUCCCCCUCGCAAAGGGAACUCAGUCACCAUGCCGAUUCCCGUCGAUACCGCGAAAUCGAUCGCCAAGAAGCGCAAGAGAAAGCACAGUGGUGGUGCCCGCGCUGAGGAGGUUCCCGCCGCCGCUGCUGCGGCCGAGGAUGUCGUCGAGGAUGUGACCAAGGAUGAGAAGAAGAAGGAGAAGAAAGACAAGAAGGAGAUGAAGAUUUUCGACGCGGUGAAGGAAGAGAAGAAGGCGAAGAAGGAGGAGGAGGCCCCCAAGAAGCGCAAGGUCGAUCACUCCAGCGAGGAGGAUGAGAACGACAGCGACGAUGAGAUCCAUCGCCGUCAGCAGGCUGAUGAGGAUGAUGAGGCUGAGGAGGGAACCGGUGCCGACCUGCCCUCCGUGGACGCUGUCCGUCUGCCCCAGACCGAGACCGACAUCGCGCCCCAGAAGUUCACCGAAUUGAACCUCUCGGACAAGACGAUGAAGGGUAUCCAGGAUAUGGGUUUCGAGACGAUGACCGAGAUUCAGCAGCGCACUAUCCCCCCGCUACUGGCUGGUCGUGAUGUGCUCGGUGCGGCGAAGACGGGAUCCGGAAAGACGCUGUCUUUCUUGAUCCCCGCGGUGGAGAUGCUGAGUGCCCUGCGCUUUAAGCCCCGUAACGGUACUGGUGUCCUGGUGGUGUCUCCUACUCGAGAGCUGGCGCUGCAAAUAUUCGGUGUGGCUAGAGAGCUGAUGGCUCACCACUCGCAAACAUACGGUAUCGUGAUUGGAGGUGCCAACCGGCGUGCGGAGGCCGAGAAGCUCACCAAGGGCGUCAACCUGCUCAUUGCCACCCCUGGUCGCUUGCUCGACCACCUGCAGAACACCCCCGGGUUUGUCUUCAAGAACCUGAAGACCCUCGUUAUCGACGAGGCGGACCGUAUUCUGGAAGUCGGUUUCGAGGACGAAAUGCGCCAGAUCGUGAAGAUCCUCCCCGCCGAGGAGAGACAGACGAUGCUGUUCUCCGCCACCCAGACCACCAAAGUCGAGGAUCUGGCCCGGAUAUCGCUGCGCCCCGGCCCCCUGUACAUCAACGUGGACCACCGCAAAGAACACAGUACGGUCGAGGGUCUGGAGCAGGGCUAUGUGGUCUGUGAGGCCGACAAGCGCUUCCUGCUGCUCUUCUCCUUCCUGAAACGCAACAUCAAGAAGAAGAUCAUCGUCUUCUUCUCGAGCUGCAACUGCGUCAAGUACCACGCCGAGCUGCUGAACUACAUUGACCUCCCCGUGCUGGAGCUGCACGGCAAGCAGAAGCAGCAGAAGCGCACCAACACAUUCUUCGAGUUCUGUAACGCCAAGCAGGGCACUCUGAUCUGUACCGACGUGGCCGCCAGAGGUUUGGAUAUCCCGGCCGUGGAUUGGAUCAUCCAGUUCGACCCCCCGGAUGACACCCGCGACUACGUCCACCGUGUCGGUCGGACGGCCCGUGGUGUGAACGGCAAGGGCCGCAGUCUGAUGUUCCUGCAGCCGUCCGAGGUCGGCUUCCUGAAGCACCUGAAGGAGGCUCGUGUGCCCGUGGUGGAGUUCGACUUCCCGGCCAGCAAGAUCGUCAACGUGCAGUCGCAGCUGGAGAAGCUGAUCGGCCAGAACUACUAUCUGAACAAGUCCGCCAAGGAAGGCUACCGUGCCUACCUCCAGGCCUACGCGUCGCACUCGCUCCGCUCGGUCUUCGACGUGCAGAAGCUCGACCUGAUCAAGGUGGCCAAGGGCUUCGGGUUCUCGGCGCCGCCGCGCAUCGACAUCCAGCUGGGGUCCAGCAUGAGCCGCGACAAGAGGCAGCAGCAGCAGGGCCGGCGGACGUACGGCAGCCAGCCCAAGGGGGCGUUGAAGUUCAAGCGGCGGCACGAGGAUGAGUAGGGGGAGUGGAAUGAAUCAAGUGGGUUGAUUGAUCGGAUUGGCAUUUCGUUUCGGAGUUCUUACCCUGUGGAUAUCUGGACUGUUCCUUUUUCUCUUGUUGGAUAUGUAAAAGCAUUGUUUCAGCGGCAUGCUGGUUCUUGAGUGGGAGGUGUAGGGAUGCAGUAGUAUACAGUAGGGCUGGGGUAUCAUGUGUGCAAGUGCGUUCUGAUGGGAAGGACAGCCAGUAAGAUGAGAAUAGAUCUUCACUACUCAGUAAAGGAGGGGUUGAAACAUCCUUCUCCGCCAUGAGCCCCAUCAACGGGCAUCUGG